AUGAUUGAACUUUUUUAUAAUGUUUUAACAAUAGAGAAUUUGGAGUUAAAAGCAGUAAAAAUUCUUUGCCAGUCAAUGUCAAGGCUUUUGUCUAAAGAAACAUUGGUCUUACGAUGUGAUCUUCAAUUUGAUUGGCGUCCACUAUAUGAUACAUAUGUCAGGGUGUUUUUCAAAAAUUUUGAUGAGGAUGCAGUCUCUGACAACUUAAAAAAAAUUCUCGAGACAACAAUUGUUGAGUGCACAAGAUUUUUUGCUGAUUCAGCUACUAAGGAAAUUCUUGCUGAGGUUGUUGCUUUUUAA